UGGUAUAAAUACCCAGGUUUGUGCCAAAGAACGACAGAACAAUCUUGAAGUUGUUUUCAGCAACAGUUUAAGUGUACACAGUAGUGAUACAGUAAAUUUGAAACAAUGAGAAACUUUUGGGUCUGGCAGUUGCUAGCCUUAGCGCUUGUUAUAACUCUCUGCUCCGCUGGCGGUGGACAUGGAGGCGGUGGUGGUGGAGGACACGGAGGUGGCGGUGGAGGACAUGGAGGUGGAGGACAUGGAGGUGGUGGCGGUGGAGGACACGGUGGUGGAGGCGGAGGCGGCGGUGGUGGUGGACAUUCAAGCAGCUCUGCCGAAGAAGGUGGCUCAGAGCACGGUGGUGACCAUCAUGCAUCAGAUGAUCAUAAGGGUGAGAAGGGACAUCAUUCCGAUCACAGCUUUGACAAAGGCGAAAAGGGCAGCCACAGCAAAGGCGAUCAUUCGCAUCAUUACCAUGAAGAAGGCGGUCAUGAAGGUGGCAGUCAUGAUGAAGCUGACAAACAUGGAUCACAUCACGAAAGUAGUAAGGGAUCGAAGGGUGGAAAGCAUGGAUACAAGAAGGGACACAAAAAGGGUUCGAAAACAACUGGAUAUCAUCACAAAUCCGGUAAAGAUGACUACCAUAAGGAGCACAAAUUCUACGAUGACGCUGACAAGAAGGGAAGUCACCAUAAAUAUGGUAGCGAUCACGCUCAUCACUCAUCUAAAGGAGGAGAAGGAAAGAAAGGAGGACAUCACGAAUCUGGACACAAAGGAGACAGUUAUGGCAAGAAAGGACACACUAGUAAAGGUCAUUAUGAUGAUGAUCAUAAAGGACACAAGGGACAUGGCGGUCAUGAAAGUCACUUCUCUCAUCAUGAUGAUUUCGGAAAGAAAGGUGGCUCCUCAGGUGGUUCCGAACAUGGUUUCAGCUCAAGCGGUGGACAUGGAGGUGGCGGUGGAGGUGGUGGACAUGGAGGUGGCGGCGGAGGCGGUGGACACGGAGGAGGAGGCGGUGGACACGGAGGUGGUGGACACGGAGGCGGCGGAGGUGGAGGACAUGGCGGUGGUGGACAUCAUUAGGCAGUCAACACACACUGUAAAUGUUGAUAAAUUCAUCGAAAUGCCAAAUCUUAGUUCAACGGUUAUGUCAACAGCGAUGAUGUUGAUAACUUUUAAUUGUGAUUUAUAUGUUAGGAAUGCGAAAAUGUAUAGAAAAUAAAUAAAUAGUCAA